UCACAAUAAUAUUUACCCAGACAACCUUAAAAUUUUAAGUUUUGAUAUCUCUAUGAGAAUCAAUGCAUUCGAUGAGAAACACAAUUUGGCAAUAGGAUUCAGGCUUAAAUUUUUAGAUCUUGUUGAGGUAAUCUCAGAAAAAAGUAACACUACGUUGGUAGAUUUAUUGAACAUCUCCCAAUCCAACACCUCUCUUAUCAUAGUCAUGACGAGUUCAAAACAACAAAUAAUCGUCACUGCUGAACCAACUCUCAUUUGGACUUACUUACCUGUUUCACAGUAUCACCUAUCACUAUGAAGUGGUGUCGUCAAGCUCUGUUGCUCUCAUCUUCUACUUUAUAUGGAUAUCCCAUGCUGGAGUUUGCUAAACACGAAAUCUGUUCUGCCUUAACAAAGCAUGGACUAAAGAAAUUCAUUUUUGUUCCAUACGCUCGAAAAAAUUACAAUUGGUACACUAGCCAAAUAAAAGCUAUCAUCGAACCUUGGGGAUUUCAUAUGAAAGGUCUCCAUACUUACCCAGACCCAGUUAAAGCUAUCAAUGCAAGUAAAGCUAUCUUCGUUGGAGGUGGUAAUUCAUUCCUUCUUCUCAAAACCCUUUAUGAACUGAACUUGGUUGCUACGAUAAAAAAGAGGGUCCUUCAAGAUGGUAUGCUAUACAUCGGCAGUAGUGCUGGAACCAAUGUGGCCACAAUAGGUAUCCACACGACCAAUGAUAUGCCAAUUGUCUAUCCUCCAUCUUUGAACGGCAUUGGCAUAGUGCAAUUUAAUAUAAACCCUCACUACAUUGACCCUGUAGAAAGUGUACAACAGCAAGGAGACAUUAGAGACAUCAAUAUUAGGGGGUAUUUAAAAAUGGAGCACAGUAGAAGAGUAAUUGGCAUGAGAGAAGGGGCUAACUUGGAGGUGGAUGGGGAAAAAAUACUGAUUACAGGGGUCAACGGAGCUGUGUUGUUUGAGAAAAACGGAGAUAAGAUUGAAUAUCCAGUGGGCAGUGACGUUUCUUUUAUGGAAAAUUAAUGUUAAGUACCAAGUACUUAAUGACCAUUUAAUGACUAGUUAUAAUUAUAACGUAAGUUAGGCAGCGAAUACCUAUGACAUCCGUAUUUAUUAAGCUGUAAACUUGACAUUCUAA